CAGAUCUCUGCCUACCGUUGGCCACGCCAGUGCGGAACAGUGAACCCCUGCGUCACCGUGUGCGGUUUUAACAGUGCGACUCCAGUGUGUGUUUUCACCCCGUGCGUUUCCGGGAUGCAAAAUAUCCCGCGGUCUGUGGCGUGUGAAGUAAAUCCCCCGAAACAGCAAAAAUAAGCUCGAUAUUCUUAAUCUGUGAUUAAAAAGCAAGUGAGCGAUAUAAAACAAAAAAAAAGGCGAAUCAUUUCCAAGUGUCCAUUACUUAGUGCAAUUUGUGUACCGUCGACGAGUGUAAUAACACAACACUGUGAAAAAGAAAACAAGUGAAAAUUUAAAACCCCCUCCAUUAGCGGGCAAAAGGAGAUCGUUUGAGUGUUUAAGUGUGAAGCGUGUGAAAAGAAAGAGAGAAAGAUAGAGCACGAAAUAGGAAAGUGGUGGAAAAAAUAAUCCCAUUUUUCACACGCAACUCCAAAACUUUUUUUUUGGGGUGCUUGCAGAUUGAACCGUGAAAUAAUUAUCACCACCACCCAAAACAAAAGCUUUGUUUGGUGAGAUUUCUGGUCCACCCGUUCAGGACAUCGUACACCGUGGCGUAUUAUUAUUAUUAUUAUAUUCGGCUUUAAUUGGAUUAAAACCUCGCGGCCCAUCGUGCGCCUGUUUGAGGGCAAAGCCACCGGAACCGCGAGACAAACCUGCACCAGCGCCAGCCAGCCCGGACGGGAGCGCACCAUGUGGAUCGUCCAGUGUGGGGCGUAAGCAGUACACGGAUGCUGUACGGUGUGUAACCGACGCCCGAGCAACGGACCACGGGCGGCUGGGAAGCUUUCGCUUCUAUUUAUUUUUGCUUUCCACGCUCCACGUUCCCUACUCGCCCCUUGUUUUUCGUCGUGCGUGGUCGGAGCGUUGAGUAUGGAAGCGUUGUGAUUAUGGUACCGGCUGGUACGCCCGGAAAAAGGCCAGUGUGCAUCAAGCGUAAACAAAGCCCGAGUGUGGUACGAACAGCAGUGCGAACCGCUUUCCCCGUGAACCGUGAAUAUUGCUCCAGCUGGCGUGAGAGAAUCCUGCAUGUAAUCCUUGGAGAAGGCAGCAGGAAAAACGUAUACACAAGUUAGUACGGAUGCCCACGGGCAGGUCAUCCUUUAAAGGGAUGCGAUGAAAACUGUUGCCGAGAAAGCUACUCUAGCUCAAGCGCCGGCUCGGUUGAGCGCAUGGAAAUAAGUACGCUCGUCGGCCCGCAUACAAGCCAUGAUCCAUCGGUUGUUGCUUUGUGCAGGUGCUAGUGAACCAAAAACGCCAUCCCGUUUGAGUUGCAGUGUGCGUGCGUGUGUGUGAGUUUCUGUGCUAGUGUUGUGCAUUCAUCCACAUAAAAAAAGAAGCUUGUUGAUCAAGUAAAACUGAUUGCAAAUCCCUGCGAAACACAUUUGCUGCUGCUAGUUGUUGUGUGGUAAAAAGUGCACACUAACACUCCUCCCCGGGGACAUUCGGAACGGUGCUGCAUUUCAUAACUCCACCAUUCCUGCCUCCCUAUCGCCACCCAUCCAUCCCUUCAUUGUUUACGGCUUUCAAUGGUGAACCUCGUCGAGCAGACAGGCACAGACACGACGACGACGACGACGACGACGAAGCCACGAUCACCAUCGCCACCGGCCGAACCGGCGACAGAUGUGAGCAACCUCCAAACGAGCCUCUUUCCGUCGACUGUGCCAACGGUGGCCGAGGCGAACGCAGCCGACAGCCGGUUCCCACUGUUUCUGGACCAGCCGGCAAGCUCCAGCGCACCGGAUUCGGACAACGACGAUCGCAUACCCACCAACGACCCGGCCGGUGAUGAUGGUGACGAUGAUGAUGAUGAUCAGAGCGGCAAACGGACGUACCAAGACAGUGCACUAGAUAGGCCGCGAGAGACGCGCCGCGUUCGAUCGGCCAUUUCACCCGUGUUUCUUAACGGGGCGGUAAAAAAACGCUGCCUACACCCGCCACAAGCAACGAACGCAUUGGCCAGUGAGCCACUGCUGGUGCAGUCCGACGAAGAGCCAGCCCAGACGGGCUGCGAAGUGAACGGUGUUGACCGCGAGCCGCACCACGACAUGACAUCGACCGUUGCUGCCGUGACAGCGGCCGCCAAUAAAGCCGUCGCCGCACUGAUGCAGUACCGGCAGCAGCAACAGCAGCAGCAACAGCAGCAAUCACAACAAGCAUCAUCCACAAAUCAGAUGGUCCAGGGGAUGGGACCGUUUCCGGGCACGCCCGGGUUUCCACCGGGCGCCGCACAAACCGUCAGCACCGACAGUCUGUCCGUGCAGGUCGUCAAGGGUGCCACCGGAGCCGGCGGUGCUGGUAGUGCCGGAGGUGGUGGUGGUGGCGGUGGCGGUGGCGGCGGAGGAGGUGGAGCCGGCGCGUUAGAUCAACACUCGCUCAGCACGCUCAAGCAGCAGCAGGACCAUCUUACGCAGCAGCAGCAACAGCAGCAGCAGCAUCAGCAGCACGCAGCGGUGGCCGCGGCCGCCGCCGCAGCAGCAGCCGCCGCCGCCCAGAUGAAUGCAGCCGCCACGACGCAAACGUUGCGAAAUUCCGUCAGUCAAUUCAGCCCCUCGUCAGUAUUGGGCGCCCCGCCAGCCACCUCGAUAGCGGUUUCGCUGCCCCUAUCGCUGCCCUCCACGAUGGUGAGUGGGGCCGGCUCGGCGGGCAAUGGUGUCGGAGAUGGUAUGGCCGCCGUCAUGAACGCCAACGGUGGAUCACCGGGCGUCCCCACCAACGUCAACGCCAGCAGCAACGGGGGCGGCGCGGUGUCGGGUGGAGCCGGCGCUGGUGUCAACGGGAACCCGGCAGGCAGUGGUCCCAACGGUACCGUGGCGCUUUCGAACGGGAUUGAUCAACAGACUGUCAACAUGUCCGAGCUAAUGCAGCAAUCGGAGCAGGAAACAUCCAACAACGUAUCAAGUGCCAACACUGUGGACGCCGCCUCCUCGGUACUGAGCAGCGUCAGCAGCAACAACAGCAGCGGUGUCGCCAACCAAACGAAUGCCGCCAUCGCCAUCGCCGCCGCCGCCGCCGCCGCAGUCAAUUCGAUAAGCAGCAACACCAGCCCGAACAGUGCGAUCAACACGAGCAAUAGCGGCAACAACGGCAGCACGGUGAACGGCAGCAGUAGCGGCGGCAGCAUCGGCAGCAGUAUGGUCGUGACCGCUGCCGGACCGAUCGGCGCCGGCACUACGACCGUCGUGUCGGCCAUCCCACCCACCAUGACCUCUUCCGCGUCUGCGGUGGCGCUCGCCCAGCAGCAGCUUCACCAGCAGACGCUCCAAGCUCAACUGCAACAGCAGCAGCAGCAGCAGCAGCAGCAACUCAAUGGCCAACAAACGAACCAGCAGCAGCAGCAGGUGGUUGUCAGCAGUCAGCAGCAGUCACAGAGCGUGGCGGCGGCCGUCGCAGCACUGACCGACUCGAAAUCUCAACCAAAGCGACUACACGUGUCCAACAUACCCUUUCGCUUCCGCGAUCCGGACCUUCGAACAAUGUUCGGCCAAUUCGGCUCCAUACUAGACGUAGAGAUUAUCUUUAAUGAACGUGGCAGCAAGGGAUUCGGUUUUGUAACAUUCGCUAAUAGUAGCGAUGCGGAGCGAGCACGCGAACGUCUUCACGGCACUGUGGUUGAGGGACGCAAGAUUGAGGUCAAUAAUGCAACCGCACGAGUUCAAAGUAAAAAAGCUCCUGCUGUAUCAAGCGUGUUUCUGACGAAACAAGGCGCCGUCUCGGCCCCGUCACUGGCAGCCGUCUGCGUCCCGUGGCCCGAAGCAGGCAUACCGGCCCAUCCCGCACUGCUCCAUCAUCAGGCGCUCGCGCAGCAUCUUUCGCAUCACACACUGUCCCUACCGCACCAUCUCCACCACCAGCAACAGCAGCAGCAGCAACAGCAGCGACAUCCGGCGCUUGCCCUUCAUCUACCUCACCAAGGAGCGCCCCAGCUGACGCCCCACCCGAUGGCAUCGGUGAUCGCCGGGCUGGCCAGAAACGCGGCAACCCCGGCGAGACAUCCAUCGCUCGCCAACCUGCCCGGGCUGGCGAACGGUACGAACGCACCCGGUUCUACCGGUAGUGGGGGAGCCACGAGCGCAACCGGAAACCCCAGCGCUGCUGGUGCUGGUGCUGGUGGUGCUGCGGCUACCGGAAACAUAGGUCCAGCCGGAUUGCUUUCCAGCCACCCGGCAGCAGGAGCAGCAGCAGCAGCAACGUACGCCCAGCUGAAUGGUGCCGCUGCCGCCGCCUACCAGUCUGUGUACUUCGACCCGUAUCUGGCAGCAGCAACAGCGGAUCCCAACUAUCGCCUGCAGGCUGCUAAACCGGUGACGGAGGUUCAAGCACAACCUACCAUUUUGAACGCUGCUGCGCCGCUGCUGAAAACGCCACUGUCGCAAGCGCAGGCUCAGGCGCAGGCUUACUCCGCCGCCAGCUAUACGGCUGCAGCGGCACGGGCUGCCUAUGGGGCGGCCGCUGCUGCAGCGCAACCCACCGUGGCCGGCUACACCACCGUCGCUGGUUACGGACGUGCGGAGUAUCCCGAUCCAUACCUGGGACACGGUAUCGGACCCGUUCCUGGCUAUGCGGCAACAAUGUACCGAGGAGGAUACAACCGUUUUGCGCCAUACUAAGGUGCCCGCUGGCACCACUUACGCAUACAUAUACACACACACAGCUUCCUUACUGGCUCCAUGUAUGCAGCAGUUAAACGGAAAACAACAAAAACCCAACAAAAGAGCCAAAGCAAAAGGCGUGCGUGCUUCGUAAGCUUGAAAACGUGCGCUCCAACCCCCCACCCAACCCAAAUGCCCCACGGACAAGCGUGUUUGGAGGAAGAGAAGCUUCCUCCCCCCCUGUACACGAAAGCUAGUUGGAAAGGACACCGAGGAUAGCAGCCCCCCCUCUUCAACGCUUCCCUUCAUUUUCUCGGGUUGAUGUACAAAAGGACAAAAUUGGAAGUCGCUCUCUCUCCCUCUCAUCCACUUUGAGUUUGAUGAUUUCGUUGGAGUAGCUCCAUCUGCACAAUCAGACCGAACGACGACGUGUUUAAACUACAAGUUGCAUUGAUUUUGCCCCCUUCACUAUCCUCUUUUGGAACGUAGUAAGGAGAGAGGAAGAUGAAGGCAAAAAAAACGCACAACAAAACUCCAAAUGCAGCUAGCGGGGAGCGCAAAAGAAACAAACAAAAAGUAACAUCGAAACCAAAGCACAACAAUGGGAAGGUUUACGUAAGUAGUGGCCCCGUGCCCCGCUUUCCUUCUCCGUUUCAGGGAGAAACUAAUGCACGCACAGAAACAAACACACAUAAGCAUAAGCAUAAGCAAGGUGUAUCAUGAAGAACAUCCGCAAGAAAAGAACAAAAACCGCGUCUUCCCCAUUUGCGCAAACCGCGCAAGCCCUUGAAAAAGGUAUGCGCGCGCAUCAGUGCGGGCGUUCAGGAAGAGUGAGGUGUGUGAAGGAGGAGGAGGAGGAUGUGUGACUCAAAACUAUGCGAUUAGUGAUUACAGUGUGUGUGCGUUUUUGUUUUUUUUCGUCUAUAAUGUGUGUAUUUUGUAAGCAGUUAGUUUAGUAGUAAUAUUUGGUAUUGUUGUUUUGUUUACGCUUUUCUUUUCGUCGUGCGUGCGUGCGUGCGUGUCCUCUUUGAAAGCAGUAGAAUUAGUUUACCCCUCUCUCUUGUGGGUAUAUACAGAUACUAUGUUUCGUUUCGUUUUUCUUUUCCUUUGAAAUAACGAGCUUCUGUCUCUAUUUUCUUUCCUUUUUUUUUUUGGUCGCUGGAGUUAUAGUUACUCUCGCGUAAAGGCAGCUCUCUAAAAAAUGUGCAACCAAAAUGGCAAAAGAAACCCCCCAAUCGCCAUUGCAAAAACGAAAAAUCGUUCGAAUAAUCUCACAGACCGCUUUCUUUUUUUUGCUGAUAUUUUGAAACACCAAAGAAACGUGGCAACAAAUGCGCACACACACACACACGCACAAAUAUUAGUCGGCAAAGUGGCGCUUAUUAGUCCACACAAAUAUUAUCUCAAAACCAGGAAUCUCCUUUGAAUAUCUCUUUCUGUUGUUCUAACGAUGGUUUAUAUUAUAUUCGUCUUGUAUAGCCGGCAAGGUUUUGCCUCACUUUAAUUAAGUAACUGUGUGUGUAUGUGCUUUUUCUGUAUGAGUGUGCUUCUUUUCUACUUUUUUCUCUCGCUAAACUCUCUUUAGUUUACAAGUUUCGCUUGUAACUUUGAAGUGACGCUAAAAAAACGCUUCUAGUAAUACUCUGUUCGGCGCCAUAAAGGUUAGGUCGUGAGUUUCCUCCAUUUUCAAACACACACACAGGAAGAUAAAGUUUAGCUGUAAAAACAAAAGAAGCUCAAUUUCUACAAGAAAAACAAAAAACAAACUUCUCAAUCGAGUCAUCGACUCGCCUCCAACGAGAAUUAAGGGAAUACAGAUCCUCACGCACAACUACUAGUUCUCGUCGGUUCCUUUCCUCUUCGGUUUUCCGAUAGUUAUUACUGUGUGCUAGCAAUACACAAAAGGAAACAUGUGAUAAUGAGUACACCUGCCGCUUCCCCCCAAUACCAAUAUCGACACAUCUUCCGUAUUUAUUCUUCCAAUGAAAAAACUGAAAAAAAAAACAAGCAAAACCGCGCACAAUAGAACAAAAUGAUAUCAUCACGCACAGUAUACGUAGAACUUUGUUGUUUGCCUUUAGUAAUAUUAUAAAUGUCCUGUAGUUUUGAUUGUGUUUUCCCCAACCCCCAACCCCUCAAAACCAAUCACCUCGUUUUUUGCGCACCCAAAAACUCUAAGAUUAGAGUUGUUAGCUCUCGGUUGGCUUCCGAAAAUGUGCAAGUCUUGUGGCACAUGUCUUGCGCAUUUUGUGGACAAUACGCUUGCGAUACGCGUGUAAGAGUAAUGAAACGAGUCCUCCAGAACUAGUGUAGCCAUAGGUCCUUUACCAAAAAAAACAACUCAAAUUGUCGUCCGUACUACGACGAACGAUCACGAAUCAAGCGCUCAAGUGAACCGUUUAGUCAAACCUUUUGUGCAAAGGUGUGAUGCAGAUGCUCCUUUAACUACACAAAACACACGCGCGUAUCUAGAUAUAUGUGAAUGGCAGAAGGAACGCAGGAACAACACACGAUUUAGAGAUACUUUAGUGUUGUCCCCCGCCCGUACCCGUUGUAGCGUUGUAAGCGAAGGCGUGAAUCCCAAAGUUGUAGAAAAGCAAAAGGCUCAUUAACUCAAGCAGGAGAAAGCAAAGCGAAUGUAAAGGGUAUGAUAAUGAGAUGGUGUAGCGAAGGAAAGCAGCCGAAGUGGUGUAAUUUGGACAGAAAUCUGUCGUUUCUAAGAAACCCCAAAACCGCGCCAAUUCAAUGUAACACGCAAAGGAGUAGAGAGUAUAGUAUAUACAUACGAAGCUGUAUAUGUAAAAGAAAACCCCUCCCCUGCCCAAAAUUUCCCUUGCUCCUCCCCUCCCCUUUUUACGCACUCAUUUUCUGUGACUGUUUUGCAGGGAGCCAAAAAUGUCAAUGUGGUGUGUUUUUGUGUUUUGUUUGUGAAACUUCACUACCAAGCAGUGAAGGCGGCAUUCACAGUAUAAUUCAAAACACACACACACACGUGCACGCAGAAAGAAUAGAGAAUCCAAAAGCCAUUCAACGCGCCCCUUUUAGUGUAUUAGAGAGAGACAGCGAAGAACGAUACCGUAUAUGAUAGUAAAGUCUCUUUUUUGUGGAAGAGAAUGGGACGAAACGAAAAAUGGAGAGAAAAAAACAUGCAAGAAAAGUAAAGCACAAAGUAAACAAAACACACAACAAAAGGAGAAGUAAAGAAAAAGGAAGCAAAACAAAACGCCGAAACGAGAAGAAGAAAAACCGAGUUCGAGAGCAAACAAAACAAAACAAAACAAAACAAAGCACACUGAAACAAAUAUUGUCAAACAGCGUCUCUUAAAGGUGAACGCAGGCCAUAUUAAUCAUUAGUCGGCAGGCGACAAAACAGCACACCAUGCAUCUCGGCGUCUCCCUCUACCCUCAUUCUCUAUCUCCUUCGCUCGGGGGGCUGGGAUCGUUCGGUGUUGUGGUUAUGCUGUUUGUGCCCGCAAUUAUCAUAUUUUGUUUUUAUUCUCUUUUUUAUUAACUUUACUAUUUUAUCGUAAUUUUAAGAUACAAAACAUACACACAAACAUGUGUGUGUGUGUGUGUAUUAGAUUUGUAAGUCACAAUUCUCUUUUCUUUUAGAGCGUAUUUGUGUAGCGUAUUCACGAGGAGAUGGAUCGCUUUUGUUAGUCAGCGUUUCAAAAUCCCUUCCCUUCUGAUCUUCUUCUCAAUCUCUCUUUCUCUCUCCUCUUUUUCUUAUUUUUUUAAUAUUUCAAACGAGCUUCUCAUAUCGGGCUGUUUAGAAGAAAAAAAAAACAAUGAAUUUCGCCACUAAAAUAAGCUUGUUUUUGUAUACAUCCAUCGCUAACAGUGUAAUUAGUUGAAACGAGCUUAAUGUAUUGUCGAGGGCAACCUUACAAUUUUGGUUUGAUUUGUGUACUGCUUUCGUAACAAAAACAAAAUCAAUAAUUACUAAUAGCAGUAGCAGUAGCCACCAAACGGCUUCAAACUAUUGCGGCUUCAAACCUUUCCGCCGCCCCCUUCCGCCGCAUCCCUUACCAAGCAUCACAUCUCGAUGGCGUGUUUGUGAAAGUAGCUUUAACAGCAGUACACCUACCAAGUUUUAGGCGCAACCGAAAACAAAACGCAAGGUGUGUGAAAAGGCAUCGUUUUUUCACUUCCCCCACUACCCCCUCGUUUUACCCGGGGGGGGGGGAAAGAAAUGGCUCAAAAACAAAGUAAAAACAUUAUUACCGUUUAGUAGUAGUAGAAGCAGUAGUAGUAGUAGUAGUAGUAGUAGUAGUAGUAGUAGAAGUAGUACAUCUACGCGCUGCUACACACUCUACUAGGCUGUAGGGAUGAAAAAUUAUAAAGACUUAUGCAACAACAAAAAAAGAAAUAAAAGAAAGAAAAGGGACAAAAGAAGAGUAGAAAAAAGAGGAGAAAACAAAACAAAAAAUCAUACAAAUUGAUUGCCACCGCCGCAUCCACCUAAUAAUAACUUCCUUCCCUAUUCAUUCACUUCUCCCCCGUGGUUCUGUGUAAUAGUAAUAAUAAUAUUAAUAAUGAUAAAAAAUAAUAAUAAUAAUGAUAAUUAUAAUAGUAAUGCAUAGUCUUUGCUUGCGUGCAAGGGAAGAGGAGAGAGUGAAGAAAACACAAAAGAAACAACAAACAAAAAGAAUCGAUAUAUUGAAAUAUAAUGAAGAUUAUCUCAGAAAGAAUGCACACAAACACACAAGACAUAAAUAACAAAAAGAAAGAAGAACCCAAAACCAAGAAAACAUAAAGCAAAUCUUAGUAGCAGCACACCAUUUGGGAAGUAAGGAGAAGGAGAAGGAGAAGGAAGAUUGGAAGGAAGAGAAGAGAAAGAAAAGGAAGGUGAUAGAACACUGAAACAACAACAGAAAACGUGAAAGAACAACAGUAAAGAAGAUCGCUCUCUGCUCUGCUCUGCUAUCAUACGCCACACAACCACACAAUGGAAAGGCAGGGGGCAGAGAAGAAACGAUAAAUUUUAAGAAGAUUAAAACAUACACAACCACACGAGAGCGAGAUGGGGCAAAACUGCAUCAUUCACUCUCGUUUUCGCCAAAUUAUUAUUAUUAAUGGAAAAGAGAAGAAAAGAAAAGAAGAGAAACACAAACAACACUACACACCUACACACACACACACGAUGAUAAACAACAUGCAAAUACACGAAACAGCAAAUGCGCAUAAAACAAAAAAAAAGGUAUAUAAAUUUAUUCUUACUCAAUAGUGUUUAAAUGGUGAAAAAUAGGGCAUUUCUGGUAAAAGUAGACAAGGCAAACAGGAACAGAAAACAAACACGGGGAAAAAAUUGGUUGCAAAUCUGACAACAGCAAAAAACUGUGAAAAUGCAGUUAAUCAAGGAGAAAGGAGAAAACAACAACACAAGAAGAAUGGGUGUGUGUGUGGGAAGAAGAAUGUGGGCUUUCAAUUUUGGUUUAAACUUUCACAACAAGAUAACAAAAAACAACAGAUGGAAGCUAAAUGAAAUUAUGAACAAAACAAGGAGAAAAGAUAAAACAAAACUAGAGAAAAGAAUAAAAAAACCAACAACAGCAAAAGCAAAGUUAAUCGAAACUACAUUAAACAGAUGAAUGAACUCGUAAAGAGAAAUAGAACCAACUGCAAAACCAAAACCACAAUAAACAAGAAAGUAAGCACACUGUAGAACGCCACCAGGUCAAUGUAGAGUUACAACUAGCUGCCAUCUUCCCUACUCUAUGGAGAGUGAAGAAAGAGUUUUUUAAUUUGCCCCUUAAAGACACACACAACCACACACAAACCCACAGUUUUAGAAGAAGAAAAAAGUGAAGCAAAAAGAACGAUGAAAAUGCACCCCCACCACCACUUCACUUCACCCACUUCAUAAACAACAACAAAAAAAUGGUAGCAAAGAGCAGUAAAUGCAGUAAUAGUGUAAGUAAGUGAAGCUAAAACAAAAACAAAAGAAAUCCGUAAAAAGAAAGUCCAAACAAAUAAAAGAAAUACAAACAAAUGAAAAAAAAGGAACGCAACAACACCAAGAUAAUGUUCAAUAGGAAAAGCAUAAACAAACAUAGUGCAAGGCAAAGAGGCGGUAGAAGAAGCAUGCAAGAUAGAAGGAUAGAAGGUAAGGCGGUAAAAUACUUGCAACUAGAAACUUUAAAACCAAAAAUGAAAAUGCUAAAACACAAACAGUAGGGAUGAGAUACAACAAAAAAAAGAAAAACAACCAGUUUGUUCUGUAAACACAAAUACACACAUACACACAUACAGCAGGAACAUACGAUACGCACACACACAUGCAUACAGACGUACACAGAGAAAACAUACACACAACAUUUCACCAACAUCAUAUUCUUCUUUUUUUUGUAAUAAAAUUUUCAUAAAAUGCCAA